AUGUUGAGGUAUUUAGAUGAAGAAUUACAAUAUGAAGAAUUUAUACAUUUAAUAUUAGAUAAAGAUUAUAGCAAUACCUAUAUACUAAUAUCUGAUUUAAAUUUAUAUGAAACAAAAUUAACAAAUUUUAAAUUAACUCCAAAACAAAUUAUAACAAUUUCAAAUUUUAAAGUUAUAUUAAUUGAAUCAUGGAAUGAAUUAUAUGACUUUAUAAAUCAAUUUAAAAUUAAUAAUGAAAAUUUAAAAAAAAAUGGUAAUUGUUUAAUUGCAAUUUAUGGAAUUUUAAGAAAUUUUUUAGAAAUUGGUAUUGAUGAAGUAUCAAAUUUAUUUUUAAAUCAAUCACAAUUUAGUGGAUUUGAAUUGAACAGGUUGAUUCAUAAAUUUUAUGUAUUACAACAAUUUAGUCAGGAUAAAUUAAAUAUAAUACUCAAUGAUGGAUUUGAGAAAAAUGAAACAUCAGUAUCAGAGCCUUUAACUGAUCCAAUUGGAAGAAAUGAUACACUAGUCCCUUUGUUUUAUUCCAUUGAGGUACCUAAUAUACGUAAGAUAAAUAACAAAAUCAACAAAAGAAUUUUAAUUAAAGAUAAUGAUAAUCAAGAGGAUUGUGAAAUGAUUGACAUAGGUACCAUUUUAAAUAAAUGGUUCGAAGUUUUAAAUUUAGACGAAUUCAUGGAUAAAUAUUAA